GUAUGCGACGCAUGGCGUAUGCCAAGAAAUAUCGAACACCUUGUCAAAACGUUGCCGUUUUGUGUGUUUUUCUGAAGUAGGCCGCUGGAGCUGGGUUAGAAAUUUGGGCUGACCGUAAGGGACUGAACUCACUUGCAUCUUGCUCUCACCAGACUUCACAGGCCUUUGUCAUUCCUUAACCCCAUAGAAGACUGGCGGCAUAGCAACAGGAGAGCUCCACCAUUAGCCAAAACGGAGGCAGUUUAGCCAACGGGAUGUUUUUACUCAGUGGCCUGCCUACGUCACACCUGCUUCACAUUCUUUUGAUAUGUUUGGUAGUCAGUUGUACAGAAGGUGCAAAACAUGUGGAUGAAAGCCUCGAGGAACUCACCGCCAAUGGAAACACUUUACUGAGCAAGAGCAGCGAGGAGAAUGUUGCGGUCGUUGUUAUCGGAGAAGGUGACAGCACGUCAAACGAGGUAGACGACGAUGAUGGAAACGAUAGCGGAGGAAUGGCCACUGAACGGCCAGCGCCGACAACAGCAGGUACAGCGACCAGUUCUGACAGCGAUGGGGAAAACGAUGACAACGGUGACGAUGAUGAAAACGAUGGUGGGGUGAAACCAAGCAAAGGAACAACCCCGGGUCCCCUCCCACCUCCCGGGCCAUCCUACUGUCUCGUAACUCCCCGUCAGAACGGGGUCAAAUGCAGAGGCUGCAAGGCUGUAGAUAUCCCAACAUUACCUUCUCUUCCAACGACCAGCUGUCUAAACAAGAAGACCAGAAAUUGUUUCCGUGGUCAAAGCAGCUUGAUUGACAAAGAGCUUAUACCGCCGAAGACAGAGGAGAUUCCCACCUUACCACCCCCUAGGUUGUCCCUGGCUGAGCAGAUCACACUGGCCGUUGGGAUUGUCGGGGUCACAUCCAUAACGAGCGGGGUGAUCCUGUGGGCCUUCAGGAGUCUGUCGCCACGUCGUGCGGCACAGGAAGCUCGGAGAGACUUGGAACGGCUUGCCAUGGCGGGUGAAGAAGUUAGCGAGAAAUUAUUUCGAGUUUUAGUUCGAGCGGAUAGACGGUCAGCUUCCACGACAACUAUCACAACGUCAGUUUAACACCCGACGCAACUGACAUGGGAUGGUUGUUGCAAGCCUCAAGCCCAUCUUAGUAUAAUGUAACAACCGUUUGGGUGACUUUAUCAGUCAUUAUAUAGAAGAACAUUUCUUUCAGUUGCAUCUGUUUACAUUCAUUUGGCACCUUUGUUUAUGGAUGGCUACAAUUUUUUUUAACCAAUUCCACAAAUUUAAGUGAUUGAUGGGGCUAUGAAUUAUUUCUGUGUGCGGUCUCCAGACGAUUCGAGGUUGUAUUGCUUGUUAGUCCAAUGGUAGAUAUUCUGCGCCGGAUUGUGUGUGGCAAUCCUCAGCAAUCGUCUUUCGUUUUUAAUUAACGGGCACGAAGUGCAAAGAUGCUGAUGUAAAGAUGAAAAGCUGCUUACGCAGCUCCCUGUGCGGGCGCUGGGAAGUGCAAAAUGCAUUUUCACCAAUUUUUGUGAAGGAAAGUACGUCGGCGUUAUGGACGCGCAAAGUAUUGUGGGUUACCUGCUGUCGUGAUCAACGCAAAUGUUUACAGUCUGAACGUCCCACGCGAUAUAUGGAAUGGUUGAUUCUUCUGUUCU